AUGAGGAUUAAAUGUUCUCUCCUAUUUCAUUUUCAGGUUUAUUUAAUAAUGUUUCACAAAGGAUUUAAAUGUACAGCGGUGGUGCGGCGGCUGAUACCCUGGGUUGUACUGACCAAUGUAAUGUUGGUCCUCUACUGUUUGACAAUGACACGCCAAGUAAAUAUAAGUCCCACACAGGAAGAGACGUGUCCCCUCAGCAUGGCAAAGACAAGUCCAGGCGUCAUCACUGGAAACACUGACUCUAAGCAGGACUGCUCUCCCAAAGUGAACAUCAUGUUCAUGAAGACUCAUAAAACGGCGAGCAGCACUAUCCUCAACAUCCUCUACAGGUUUGGGGAAAAGCACAAGCUCAAGUUUGCCUUACCUGACAGACGCAAUGAUUUCUGCUACCCGCAGCCAUUCCUGUGCUCCCAGGUGAAGGACUACAGGCCGGGGGAGUGUUUUAACAUUGUUUGCAACCACAUGAGGUUCAACUAUGAAGAAAUGUCCAAACUCUUGCCUCCAAAUGCAUUGUAUGUCACUAUCUUACGUGACCCAGUGGAUCUCUUUGAGUCAGCUUUCCAUUACUUCCAAAAAAUAAUUCCUCUUACUUGGCACAUUAGUGGAAAUAACAAACUGACUGAGUUUCUGAACAAUCCAGAGGCCUUCUACAGUCCAGAAGCCAUUAACUCAUUCUAUCUUAAAAAUUUGCUGUUUUUUGACUUCGGUUUUGAUAACAACCUUAAAGUCAAUGACCCUCGUGUCAUGAAGGAGAUUCAGUAUUUAUCCAGACGUUUUCAUCUGGUUCUUAUAGCAGAAUACUUUGAUGAAUCUCUGAUUCUGCUUAAGGAUUUACUUUGCUGGUCCAUGGAGGACAUCCUGUAUUUCAAGCUCAAUGUUCGCAGGACCUCAUCCGUGUCUCGGCUGGACCCUGAGAUGAGAGCCAAAGCCUUACAGUGGAACUGGGCUGACUGGAAACUCUAUGAACACUUUAAUGCUUCUUUCUGGGAGAGAGUCGAGGCUUAUGGAAGAACAAGAAUGGAACGAGAUGUAAAUGAGCUGAGGAGAAGAAAUGCUGAGAUGAGGGCCACCUGCAUUGAGGGUGGAGAUGCAGUUGAAGCUCAGAAGAUUAAAGACACACAUUUCAAGCCUUGGCAGCCCAUUGGAGAGAAAUCCAUUAUGGGAUACAACUUGAGAAAUGAUAUUAAUCCUGAAAACAGGACAAUAUGUGCAAAAAUGCUUACACCUGAGAUCCAGUACUUAUCAGACUUGGGAGUAAAUCUCUGGGUGACUAGGCUAUGGGGUUGGUUGAAAGAUUAUAUUUUAUAAGUGCCUUGUUUUAUUUGUAUAAUUUAACUUAAUUUUGAAAAUGUUUUAAGAUGAAAUUAAACAACUUAAGUUGGAUGUCCUUUUCACAAACUGUAUGUUUAUGACUAAUUUAAAAUGUCAGUACUUGUCAACUGAAUUAAAGUUAAUUUCCCCACAUACAAAAGUCAGGUUUGCUGCACUUCAUAAAUUUUUUUUACAUUGCGAGCUUUCACAAAAAGAUUAAAAAUAAACAUACAGUAUUUGUUAUGUUUGUUUGUUAAAUGUAUAAUGCAUUAACACUAAAAACUAUUUAUUUAGAGCUAAAUAAGUGAGUCAUUUCAGACAACUUUAAUGAUUAAAAAUUGUAUUUUCUGACUGUGUUUACACUGUUUCAUUAAUGAAUUUCAGUUUAAAGUGUAAAUUUAUUACUUUAGCAACUAAACAGUCAGAGGUUUAAAUGCUAAACCUCUAACUAGGCAGAGAGUAUUUCUUCUCGUUGCCCAAGGUGGUAUUAGAUGGGCAUUAUACGUGUUUUCUAUCCCUUAUGGUUGAUUUCAGUCUGUGUCGAUUAAGAAUUUUAAUAAAAGUUUGGCAUAAAACGUA